AUGCGGUGGCUCGGCAUCUGGCUUGACAGCACCCUGACGUUCAAGACGCACGUCGAGAAGUGGACUGCCAAAGCGCAAGCAGUGGCCUACCAUCUCAAGGGUUUGACAAAUACCAACCGCGGCCCCCUACCAGGUGCGGUCCGGAGAGCCGUCCGCGCCUGCAUCGAGCCGCAAUUGUUCUUUGGGGCAGAGGCGUGGUACCCGGGCAUGACCUGCCCGCGAUGGAAUAAGCCGGCAAAGGAAGGGCCAUCAAGAAUACGGCACCUCAUCCGGCGGAUGGACAAGUCGCUCAACACGGCCAUGCGAGCCAUCCUCCCGGUCUGGAAGACGACGCCGCUCAGCGCCAGGCACCGGGAGGCGGGCAUACCGCCAGUUUCGCACCUGCUCCAGGCGUGUCGAACGCGCUUCGCAGCCCGUCUCAAGUCCCUCGACGAAGCGCACCCGCUUGCGCGUCCACGACAACCUUUCCGGACCAGACUGCGUCGCACUGACGAGCUGCUCCCAAGGUGCGCCAGGCCAGACCUUCUCGCACAAUCGGCGGCAAACUUCGGCGAGUGGCUCCAAUCAGUUGCUCCACGGACAGCAAUCGUCUACUCGGACGGAUCCCUCUCCCGGAGGAGCCGCGGGUACGGCUAUGCGGUACAUCAGGAUGGACUCACCGUCCUCAGCGGUAACGGCCGUCUUGGGCUUGCUGAGGUCUUUGAUGCCGAGGCGAGGCUCCCUAGAGGUCUGCGUGCUGCGUUGAGCCUCCCGGCUGCAGACCAGAUUGUCGUAUGCCUCGAUAACCUCGCGGUCGCGACGUGUCUUCAAGGCAUGCCGUCAGAUUCCUCCCAGAAGGAGUUCCUGGAAUUCCAGGCCUUGGCCGCAGAACAUGGUGCCACUGAGAUCCGCUGGAUCCCCGGCCACACCAACAUCCCAGGUAACGAGCAGGCAGACGCCUUAGCAAAGGCAGGAACCUCAACCCGAGCCUGCAGACGCUCUCCGACGCUGGCAUAUCUGCGCAAGGUCGCUAGGCAGCGACCAAAAGACGCAUUCAAAGCCUGGUGGGAAGUUUCUGCACCCCAACAAACCCACCACGGGGACUUCGCUGAUUACCACGAAAGGUUGAACCACGACGAUGCGCGACUGACGUGCUCAUGCGGCAGCAACCGCUUUCCUCCUUCCCUUCCCUUUGUUUGCACACACCCCAUUUUCUCUUACCCGACUCGGCCGGGCGGAGGGUGCUCUCGGAACCGGCCCUGUGAGGCCAAAACGAAAGACAUGGCUGUCGCGCCUGAACGUCCCGCUGACGGGCAGCAGGCUGAGCAAAGAAGCGCCUUUGAGCCGAUGAAAUGCUGA